AGUCAACGAUUCCUGUCUUGUCCACAAAGCAAACUCGGAAAACCGAAAAGUAAUUGAAAAAAAGAACGAAAAACAAAAAGGAUAUUUUUUCCGAGGCUUCCACCAGCUCCAGUGCACCACUUCCGUUUUUUGAGUUUUCGCAUUUCCAAAACCCUAAUCACGAAUUCACAUUGAAACCACAUCGGGGUGGUGAAGAGGUCAAUGUUCGGUGGCGGAGGGGAGGACGCGUUUGCGGCGCGGCUUGGCAUGGUGACGCCGUCGCUGAUGAACCCCGCGACGUCGUUGGUGAUGUCCGGGGAGGUGUCAGCGGCGGUGAGGGAGGAGAGGGGACCCGCGCAGCCGCAGUGGAGCCAGCAGGAGACGCGGGAGUUCAUAUCGAUACGCGCGGAGCUGGAAAGGGACUUCACUGCGUCCAAGCGGAACAAGACGCUUUGGGAAGUGGUGAGUUCGAAGAUGAGGGAGAGAGGGUUCAGGAGGAGCCCUGAACAGUGCAAAUGCAAGUGGAAGAACCUCGUUAAUCGCUAUAAGGGAAAAGAGACAUCUGACCCAGAGCAUAGCAGGCAAUGUCCAUUUUUUGAAGAAUUGCAUGCAGUAUUUACCCAAAGGGCACAUAAUAUGCAACGAUUGCUUCUUGAAUCUGAAACUCGCUCAGCUCAAACCAAGAAAGGAGUGAAAAGAUCAAGUGGAGAUCGAUCUUCAGAGGAACUCUCAGAAGAUGACGACGAGGUUGAAUAUGACAGCGAAGAGGAAAAACCUUCUAGAAGCAAUACCCGCAAAAGAAAAGUUGACAAAGUUGGAACGGAUAAGUCUUCUUCAAGGGCAAACAAUCCAUCGAAUGCUGUCAAUAGUAGUACUAGUAGUAUUCAGGAAAUGCUAAAGGAAUUUUUCCAGCACCAGUUAAGGAUGGAGAUGCAGUGGAGGGAGAUGAUGGAGAGACGUGCUCAUGAAAGACAGUUGUUUGAACAGGAGUGGAGGCAGUCGAUGGAGAAGCUUGAGCGUGAGAGGUUAAUUAUUGAACAGGCAUGGAGGGAGAGAGAAGAACAGAGGAGAAUGAGAGAAGAGAGUAGGGCGGAAAAAAGGGACGCCUUAUUGACGACCCUUUUGAACAAACUCAUUAAUGAAUCUAACUAACUGAAGCAAA